GCUCAGCACACAGAGAAUUGUGUAAACUGAGGCAGAGGAAAUGGCGGCUAAACCAGUCAGCGUGCUUAUCACAGGAGCAAACAGAGGCCUGGGCCUGGAGAUGGUUAAGCAAAUGGUGGAGUCCCCCCGUCCAUUGAGAAAGCUGUUUGCCUGUUGCAGGGACCCAGAUGGACCCAGGGCUGAGGCCUUACAAACACUGGCAAAGAAGCAUCCUGACAUCAUCUCCAUCAUCCGUCUGGACGCCAGUGACCUUUGUAGCAUUAAACAGUGUGCCCAGCAGGUGGGCUCUCUGGUGGGGACGGGUGGUCUGAACCUGCUGAUUAACAACGCAGGCAUCCUCGCCAAAGCUACCCUACAGGAAACUACAACCGAGGACAUGCAGAGUUCCUUCAACACCAACGUCAUGGGCCCUAUGUACAUCCUUAAAGAGUUCCUGCCUCAUCUUCGUGCAGCAGCGAAGGCCAGUGGGAUGUCAGGGAUGUCCACCAGCAAAGCAGCCGUCGUCAACAUCAGCUCAACUUUGGGUUCAAUGGAAUUUGUAAAACACUCAUACGUUAGUUUCCCUGCUGUCGCCUACCGCAUCAGCAAGGCAAGUUUGAACAUGCUGACACUGUGUGCUGCAGAGGAGCUGCAGAAGGAUGAGAUCCUGUUUUCUCUGCUGCACCCUGGCUGGGUGCGCACCGACAUGGGUGGAAAGGAUGGGGAGAUUGAUGCUCCGGAGAGUGUGCAGGGGAUGCUUAGUGUGAUGGCCUCCCUGACUGAGAAGAAGAACGGAGCCUUCCUGGAUUACAAGGGCGAUACUGUCCCCUGGUAGUUUUAAACAACUGCUUCAUAAAAUGAUGUCAAUCACUAAAUGAACCCAUGUGAAAUAAACCGUUAGUUUCAAUUA